CACACAUUCCCCCACAGCGCUGAAACAUUUGGAAGUGUGAGGAGCUCCGUCCAGUUUCCUUUACUGAACCAAGACCGUGAAGCCGGGAUGUUUGGAUACUGCUCGGCUGUGUGUGGAGUAUGGAGAGUGUUCAGGCGGGGAUGAGGUCUGAGCGGGGUUCUGCUGCUGCUGCUGCUGGCUGCGUUGGAGACUCUGGGGACGGGACUGUGGAGCUGCUGCUGCCGCUGUUCGGCACUUGCUGCUGCGAAUACCGAGUAAAUUAGCGAUUCAGCAACCGCGCCUGUUUAAAGUUGCUGGUCUUGUUGAUUCAGCUGAGGUGAAGCGACCGAGUCGCGUUUCAGAGGAUGCUAAAAUGGGAAUUAAGUUUUGGAUAAUAUUUAUCCUCGUUCAUUAUAGUGAAGGAGUUCACGGGCUGAAGUUCACCAAGAACCCAGCCAACCUCACAGUAACCCAAGGUAACAUGGCCCGUCUGGGCUGUGCCAUUGAGGGCCUGAGCGAGCCGGAGAUUGUGUGGAUGAAAGAUGGAGAAAAGCUGUACAGCACGGAUCAGAUGUACAUCACUCUAGAAGCCCAUCACUGGGAGACCUUUCACAGUGUGAAGUCAGUCCAGCAGCAGGAUGCUGGGAAGUACUGGUGUGAGGUUGAAUAUUACGGCACGGUCAUCUCCUCCGAGCCAGCUUGGAUCACAGUAGAGGGUGUGCCUCAUUUUACUAAGGAACCUGAGGAUGUAGCCACAUUUCCAGGAGCACCAUUUAACCUGACGUGUGCUGCUGUUGGACCCCCUGAGCCAGUGGAGGUGCUCUGGUGGCUGGGGGGAGUGCAGGAGGGAGAUUUUAGGCCCUCUCCAUCCGUUCUCUUUGUCCGGGGUGUGAACGACAGCGUUAAGUUUUACUGUGAAGCAAAGAAUGCUCGAGGGAUUUCUAUCUCUCGGACUGGCACUGUGCACAUCAAAGUACUCCCAGAUUCUCCUACUCAUGUCAACAUUGACCAGGUAGCCCAUAAUGUGACAGUAAUGUGGAGGCCUGGGUUCACUGGGCAUUCUGACCUGUCAACCUGCACCAUUCAGAUGUCUAAGAGCCCUGGGAGGAAGGUCAAACUUCCUGAAUUGCAAGUUACUGUGCCACCGUUUCAGCACACCAUUGACGGACUAAACAGUCAUACCAACUACAGUGUGCGAAUCCGGUGUGAUAAUGAAGUUGGCUCCUCCCCUUUUUCUCCCUGGAUUGAAUUUGAAACACCAGAAGCAGUGCCUGCAGCAGCUCCCAAGAACUUCACCUUUGAACUAACAGAGCAACAGCUCUCUCUGAAGUGGGCAGCGUUGGAGGAAGAGGAGCUGAAUGGACGAUUGCUGGCAUACAAAGUGCAAUGGAAUCUUGGAGGAGAGAGUCAGGAGCCUCUACUGUUUAAGGAAAAUAUUGCUCAUAUGUCUGGAGGAGGCCGUUUCUUUAAUGCCACUUUCCAGGUGUCAGCAUGCACCAUGGCAGGGUGUGGGCCCUGGAGUCAGCCAGUGCUCAUUAUGCCAGCCUCAGUUAUGCAGGCUCAAACUCAGAGAGGGCACAUGUGGGUAGGUCUGAUCUUAGGUCUGCUGGUGGCUACGAUGGUGGGACUGCUGCUGACAGUCUUGGUACACAGAAGAGGCAAAGAGACCCAGUUUGGAACUGUAUUCAAGCCUCCAGGCGGAGAGACUGUGGUGUCUUUCACAGCAGCAAGGUCCUUCAACAGGCAGUGCCCUGAGCUCCCAGAAUCCACCUUGGACAGUCUUGGCAUCAACGAUGAAUUGAAGGCCAAACUACGGGAUGUACUCAUCCCAGAAAGGCUCCUCACUCUUGGACACAUGCUAGGCAAAGGUGAGUUUGGCUCAGUGAGAGAAGCCUUUCUAAAAACAGAGGAUGGCUCAGUGCAGAAGGUGGCAGUAAAAGUACUGAAAACUGAUAUCAACUCUUCAAGUGAUAUUGAACAGUGUCUGAAAGAGGCUGCCUACAUGAAGGAUUUCCACCAUCCCAAUGUCAUCCAGCUCAUAGGGGUGAGCCUACAUAGAAGACCACAGCAGCGAUUACCUAUCCCUAUGGUCAUCCUUCCGUUUAUGAAACAUGGCGACCUGCACACUUUCCUACUCAUGUCCCGGCUUGGGGAUGACCCUUUUACCCUCUCUCUUCAAAUGCUUGUUCAGUUCAUGCUGGAUGUUGCUCGGGGGAUGCAGUAUCUUAGCAGCAAAAACAUCAUUCACAGGGACCUGGCUGCUCGAAACUGCAUGUUGAAUGAGAACAUGACCGUCUGCGUAGCAGACUUUGGUCUUUCCAAGAAGAUCUACAGUGGGGAUUAUUACAGACAAGGGUCUGUCUCAAAGCUGCCAGUGAAAUGGAUUGCACUGGAAAGUUUGGCUGACAAUGUCUACACAACACAGAGUGAUGUGUGGGCUUUUGGUGUGACCAUGUGGGAGAUUAUGGCUCGGGGACAGACACCUUAUCCUGGAGUGGAGAACUCUGAGAUUUACGAAUACCUCAUCAAGGGUGAAAGACUUAAACAGCCACCUGACUGCCCAGAUGAUAUUUAUGAGAUCAUGCACAGCUGCUGGUCUCCAGUCCCUAAGUGUCGUCCCAGUUUCCAGCACCUGAUAGCACAGUUGGAGAGUCUGUGGGCCGGGCUGUCUCCAGCACCUGCAAAGGAGCCGUUGCUUUAUGUAAACUUGGAGGGUGAGGAGGGCGAGCCAGACUCUGGGCUUGGGGCUGGAGCUGGUAGCGUGACCACUGAGGAGCGUUCAUGGGGAGUGCCUUGGCAGUGCGUGGGGAUGGAGGAGGAUGAAAAAGACUGGCUCAUGGUGUCGUCAGGGGCUGCACUGGCUAUCGGCGGAGACUACCGCUAUAUUAUUGGCCCUUGUGGUGCCAUAGAUGGAGAAAGCAGACGGUCUGAGGAUGGCCUGUCAGAGGAUGCAAAGGAUGAGGAGGAGGAUAUCAUAAAUGUGUGAUGUCUUUUCUUAUUUUUUUACUGGACUAAUCACGUGGACUGCUUAUGAAGAGCAGGCAGAUGUGUGGAAAAAACAACACGAGAAUUCAUAAUGGAUGAAUUAUGAUGGAAAAUCUUGAUAGACUAGGGGCAUUUGUGAGUUAAUGCACAACAACAUGCUAGGACAUGCUAACUACACUGUCCAAGUGGGGCCACAUGAAUAUACAAUCACAUGUUUAUAAUACGAAGUAGGGCUGCACAAUACAUCAAUUAAGAAUCACCAUUGCAAUUAUGACACUAACACAAAAGGAAAUACAAACUGUUCUCAAGUUCUAUGAAAUGCAUGAUUGUUGCAUCCAGAAAUCAACUGACAGGAAUGAAGCUUAGUGGGUAGUUGUGCCACUUGCAUCGGGUCAUCUUUAGUAACGAGUCCCACUUUAAGUUUAGUGAGAUGACCAAUAAAUCUGUGAACACCCAGAAUGCUUAGUGUCAUGCUGUGGGCACAAUAUUGGACAGUGCCAGAUCACCUUAGCCCAACAUAAUGUUAGGAACAACUCUUCAAAAUAGAGGAGCGUAAAAUUCAGCAUCCUGUCCAUCCCUUAAUUUCCAUGUUCCCCAUGGGAGCUGAUCCCCCCCCCCCCCCCCCACAUUCCACCUUAAAUGAUGCCGUCUCUGCUGUCUGUUGUACCAUUGAAGGUAGAAUGGAAAUUUAGCUAGCUAGCUAGGUACAGAGAUGUAACAUUUUUCUUUUUUUAUGCUUUAAAGAAAAAAAAUGGACAUAAGACACUGGAACUAAACAUUAAGCUAUGGUAAUAUAGUGUUUAUUGUAAUUUUGCUUCUGCCACCAUCUUGUAAUUUCUUGUACUCCUGCGUUUGGUGUGUGCCCUCUGUUUGAAGGGCCAUAUAUCCCUAACAAUUCCCCCUCGAGCAUAAAAAUUCUGCAAGCUGUGUGGUAUGGAUUUGGAACCUUUACAACUCUGAGUUGUCUGUUACACAUGCAUUACACCCUACUGUAUGUGUGACUCACUAAAUAUGACCAAGAGUUGUCUAUAUCAGUCAGAAAUUGUUAGCAUUUAUUGUUCCUACAACCUUAUAUUCCUUUCAAAUAACACUGAAAUUCCUUCUAGGUGCAACUAUUUUUGCAACCAUUUCUUUGAUGAGUGUACAUCAUAGUAUCAAAAUUGCAAUGUAAAUUUCCCCUAAAUAUGGUGCAGCCCUAAUAUGAAGCGGAAGUGUUAAUUUACAAUAUUAACAAAUUUAAAAAACUGAAGCACUGUCGACAUUUUGCAAAUUAACUGUAGUUUUAUUAACUUAAAUGUUACUGGAAGCCGUUAAGGUAUGUUUUUCAGAAGUCUGCCUUUAGUUUGUCAUGAAGGACGUCUGCCGUAUUUGUAAAUAACAGACAGGCAACUGCAUCCUUUUGUGAGAUUAUUAUAGGUCAGCUUCACAAAACCCCUCAGUUCAUGUUUUGUCAUAGGCACCAUAUGAACAUCAUCAUCAAGCCCACACAAGAGCAUUCCAUGCAACAAGGGAUAUCAAGGGAUGUGGAUUCUUAAUGUGUACAAUGCUUAUGUUUCUGUGAUGUUAAACAGAUCUUUUUUUUGCAACCCAUACAGUAGAAUUUAAGCUUGGAUGAUGUUUAGGCUUGUGGUGCUUUUGUGAAAAAUCUGAUUGCUCCUGCUCUGCAAAUGAACUCUACAGUUGUUGUAGGUGUACGGUCACUUCUUGACCCAACAAUUUAUGGGUGUAGAAUAAGCAGUUUAACAUUUGUGGUUUUGCACAUGUGAACAUAAACAUUUAAAUAUGUUUUGUAAAGUAUUUAACAUUUAAUGAUUGAAGGAGAUGAGCAUGAGCAUGUUACAAGUAAAAGAGCAAGUGUAGCAGUAUGGUGACUAAUCUAAAGUACAAGAUAGAUUUUUUUUUAACGAUUGCAUAUUGUUACACAGAAAUUAUGGCAUCUAAUCUGCAGUACAUGUUAGAAAUGUUUUUUUUUAUUUGCACACAUGUAUUCAGACUAGUGUCAUACUCAAAUCAAACCUAAACCAAUUUAGUGUAUGAGUGCUGAUCAAAACUUGUUCAUCAAAUAAUAAAAAUGCAGUAAAAAUGUAAGAUGACAUAACAUAUUAUACCCCAGUGUUUGGGUAACAUCAGCAAUGUACAAAACUGUGAAGGAUUUAUUUGUUCCUGUUGGAGAGUGUAUUAAGAGGAGAUACAGUAUUUCAAUACGGUAAUAUCAGAUCUACAGUCCGUGUCAUAAGGGAGCCCAUUUCAAGUGCUCUUCACCUAAUCUGGUACCUUCUAAAGGCCAAAUGAAUCAGGAUACUGUCAACAGUCAAUAAAUACAAUAAAAAAUUCAUUCUGAAAUCA